CCCGCUUUCUCAUCAUCCAAUUACUCACCUGAGCUGAUUUCUCUUAUUUUUUAUUUGUUUUAUCCUCAGAAAAAGAACACUACGGAGAUGUCUUCUCCUCUGCAUGGACACCCAACUGUCAGUCCCACUUCUUUUCUGGGUGUUUCGGCUUUUCAGUUCUUGCAACCGCCAACACGAUCAGCUGCUGUUUCUUUCUUACGGGGUACAGCUAUAGCUCAGAUCUUGUAUCAAAAAGGAACUUCUUUAUAUCUGCAAAACAGGUUGAACAACUCAAGGUCAAAGAAACUGAUCUCUGUUGCUCCCAGAUGUAGCCGUUCCUCAAACUCCAAUGAAAGUAAAGAUCAAAGCAAGACACCUUUUGGAUACACAAGGAAGGAUGUUUUAUUGAUUGGUGUUGGAGUCACUGUUGCUGGGGUUGGCUUGAAAAGUGGAUUGGAGUUUGCCGGAGUUGAUCCUUUACAAGCAGGAAAUGUAGUACAGUUGGUAUUGGUUUUGGGCCUCACAGUUGGAUGGAUUUCAACAUACAUCUUUAGAGUCUCAAACAAGGAAAUGACAUAUGCUCAACAAUUACGUGACUAUGAAGACAAAGUCAUGCAGAAACGUCUAGAAGGUUUGACUGAAGCUGAGCUGGAAGCAUUGCUAGAACAAGUCGAAGAAGAGAAGAGGAGCCAAGCAAGUGGAGAGCAGGUUAACUGAAGCUCUUUAUAUUUUAUAUCCCAUUAAAUUUUGACAGGAAUCAAGGUAAGAGGCUCAUUGUAAAUGGUAACUUUUGGAGGAUGCUCUGAAGUUAGCCUCAUUUGUUGUUAACUUUUGGGCAAAAGGAAAAUGCUUGUGUAUGUUAUUUACGGAAACCCAGAAUCAAUCACUGGACAACGCCAAAUAGUUUCAGGUCAACAAGGAUUCAUUUUUAUGGCGAAA